AUGUACGUCCGCCUUUGCGCCCUGGCUUUCGCAGCCAGCCUGUUCUCGACGCCUACUCUUGCCAUAUCCGCCGACCAGAUACCCUCCGAUACCCCCGUGUCUUCCCUCCUGACAACCGCUCAAGCUCAUCUGUCCAAGGGCCAGACGUCUGAUGCACUUGUAUAUUACGAUGCCGCUGUCGCCCGCGACCCAUCAAACUACUUGACACUUUUCAAGCGCGCGACAACCUACCUCUCCCUCGGCCGCACCAACCAGGCAACUGAAGACUUCAACAAGGUUUUGUCACUCAAGCCCGGCUUCGAGGGUGCCCACGUGCAACUGGCCAAGAUCAAGUCGAAAACCGCAGACUGGGAUGGCGCAAGGGAGCAGUACAGAUUGGCCAAAAAAGACCCCGCCUCGCCUGAGCUCGCUGCUCUCGAUGAGGCCCAGGGCGCCACCCAUCUCGCUGAGUUGGCCGAGAAGAGUGGCGACUGGGAAGCCUGCGUAGGACAUGCCGGCCAGGCCAUCAUGACUGCAAAUCGAGCCAUUUCUCUGCGCGAGAUGAGAUCGCGCUGUCGUUUCCAGCGGGGUGAGGUCGAGGAGGGUAUGAGCGAUCUGCACCACGUGCUGCAGAUGAGGCCGGGGGACACGACGCCACACAUCAAGAUUGCCGCCAUUACCUUUUACGGACUCGGUGACCUCCAGAACGGCAUGGCCCAGACGCGGAAGUGCCUGCACUCCGACCCCGAUUCGAAGCCCUGUAGGAAGCUUCUGAAGCAACAAAAGGCCAUUGAAAAGACCCUCAACAGGGUCAACAAGGCUUUCGAGAAGAACCAGCCCAUGACUGGCGUCAAGCUGCUUAUCGACUCCGCCGACGAGACCGGAUUGAUCACCAACAUCAAGAACCAAGUCGAGGAAUUACGCGCCGACAGCACCAUACCCUCUGGCGCACAAUCAUUGCUGUACAUUCAAGUGGCAGAAAUGGCGUGUCAGGGAUACUACGACAUGAACGGCAAGAAGGCUAAACAGUACUGUGAGGAGGCUGUCGCCCUCAAUGAGCAAUCGUUCUAUGGCCUGCUGUACCGCGCCAAGGUUAUGAUGGAGAAGGAAGAGUUCGAAGCGGCCAUUAAUUCUAUCGAGGAGGCUAGCAAAGUCCGUCCAGACAAGAACGACAUUAUCCAACCCCUCAUGCAAAAGGCACAGAUCGCCCUGAAGCGGAGCAAGACAAAGGAUUACUACAAGGUGCUCGGUGUAUCUCACGACGCCGAUGAACGCCAGAUUAAGCAGGCAUACCGCAAGCUCUCUAAAAUCCAUCACCCCGACAAGGCUGCCAAGCAAGGACUCACGAAAGAGGAAGCGGAGAAGAAGAUGGCAUCUAUUAACGAGGCGUACGAGGUUCUCAGCAACCCUGAGCUCCGGGAACGUUUCGACCGCGGCGACGACCCGAACAACCAAGAGCAGCAAGGUAGCCCUUUUCAAGGUAACCCCUUUGGCGGUGGUCAUCCGUUCAUGUUCCAGCAGGGCGGCGGCGGUGGAGGUCAGCAAUUCCACUUCAAGUUUGGUGGAGGAGGCGGCGGUGGUUUUCCCUUCUAA